AUGGAGUCCACUGCGUCUCUGCAUAAUCUCCCACGGAUUUCUUUUGCCGACAUCGCCCGGAUCAUUGAUGAGGUGUCGGUUGCAAAACGACUGAAAGCUGAGAAGGGUUACAAACUCUUUCACGAGGGGUAUCUCUUCAAUUACGAGGUAUGUCUGUGCUUUGGAAUACAGAUAACCUUUCAUGCCACCCAGGUUCCUGCAGAGGUACAGAUGACAUCAUGCACCUGUGUUGCAGGGAAGGCUCUUUGCAAUCACCUUAUUGCAUUGCUUUAUCAAAGUGCCCAUUAUAGCACCAUGGGCUUUAAAACAGUUCCUCUUCCUGUAGCCUGCACCAGCACCUUGCAAACUUGGCACAGGCCAAGAACUCAGGGAAUACAGCCAGAAUCAACAGGUGACAUGGAAGUUCGGAAGCCGAAGUCCACCAGCAGAACAGGUGUGAAGUCAACACUUUAUCAAGCAUAUCCAGGUCCCUUUCCUGACCCUCAUGUUUUGGAACUCGCAGAGAAGCUUAGAAACAUGCGCCCACAACCUGGAAUAUGCAAGUCACUUCUAAAUCGUGAUGAAGAGCUGCUUAUGGUUGAUUCCAGAUUUGGUUCUGUGCCAUAUGGCUCAGUUUUGUCCUAUCAGUGCCCACCUGAAAGUAACAGCGAAUUAAUCAAACACCCACAUGCCCCAGAAUAUCCUAAACUGCCCAUUGAUAAUUACAGAUUUCAAUCUCAAUUUGACUUUACACCCAACUACAAACAGAAAUGUCACCUGGAAAGCUUGCAAGUGACUGCCUCACAAACAGCCAUAAUUGAAGAAAAUACAAGGAAGCAGUCUACCUCACAGCUUUGGUUCCAAGUGCGCCGGCCCCGUGUCACAGCAAGCAGAUUUCGUGAGGUGUGCCACGUCUGCGGAAAAUCUUCUACUCAAGCCCUGGCAACAAGAAUCCUUAAAGGUACACCCCAAACCAGGGACAUGAGAAGAGGACAGGAACUGGAGUCUGAGGUGUUAAAACAGUACUCUGAAUCAUGCAAUGUCUCAGUACUGCCAUGUGGAGUCAUCAUCCAUCCAGAUGCUCCACACCUAGGAGCAAGCCCAGAUGCAAGGGUUUAUGACCCUACAGCAUCACCACCAUUUGGACUGGCAGAGGUGAAGUGCUGCAACGUGGCAUCAGUCCUGGAGGUUAAACACCUUAAAGUAGUUGGUGGUGAAGCUACACUGAAAGCCACUCACAAAUACUACUGGCAGGUACAGGGGCAGCUUGCCAUUACUGGUCUCGAAUGGUGUGACAUCAUCACAGAUACCCACUCUGAUGUCACCAUUCAGAGGAUCUGGUGGGACCAAGGACUAAUAGAAUCCAUGAGAGAGAAGCUGGAUGCAUUUUAUCAUCAUGUAUACAUGGAUGUCUACCUAAGCUUGAAAUAGAAAAGACAGAUUGAAUAUUUAUAGACAGUAAAUUAAGAUUUGUAUAAAUAGUUCUCGAUUCUGUUUGUUGUUGCUGUAUUAUAUUGUUUUGUUUGUUUAAAUAUUGAAUUCUCUUAUUUCUGUUUGAAUUUUGCCUUAAAAAAUGUACGUACAUAAACCA